AUGUUACUUUUCCAUUUCCUGGCUAUUUUACUCGUCAAGCAAUUAGAGGCCAAAAAUAAACGAUACAUCAAGUGCAAGGCAUGCUCCAAAACCGAAAAUGCAGGGCCAUUUUUCACUGACUUCGAGUCGGAAGAAGAUGUUGAAAAGACCGCGGCGGAUGUUGAUACCAGUUGUGACAAGCCCGAGAACUCUAAAUCGAUCAAAUGCGACAAAACAGCAGGAUGUCUUAUGAUCAAGGACAAACAGAACAAUAUUUUCAACUUUGGCUGCGUGAAAAAAUGGAAUCAAGAAAAGAAGAAGGGCGAACCAAUCGAAAAAUCGGGUUACAAUCCCAAUACAAUAAAAGCUCUCGAGAAUUUCGAUAGAUGCGAACCGAAAAACAAGAAAUCUGGAGGAUGUAAAAUGCCCGGUUUCGAGUCUUUCGACGUUUCGAAUCUUCUGACAAGUUCCAUUCCCAGUGAGCGUGAUAAGUUCGUCAACAAUCUCUUUGAAUGCGGUGCAAAUUUCUGCUACAUCUGCGACAAUGGCGACGACUGUAACUACAGCGAGGACAUUCGAGACGCUAAUUUCGAAAAGUGGUAUAAAGACAAGCAAGAGUCCGAAAAGGUCACUACUACUACCAAAGCAGAAAUCACAGAAACAACAACGACCCUCGCUACUGAUAUCUCCGACAAAAACUCAACUGCUCCAGUGCCUUUUGCUUCUCUCACCAUCAUAUCUAUCGCCCUCAUUCACUUCUUCCUUCCCUGA